AUGAUGGAAGCAACACCGACGCCCGGCUCUUUGAGCUGGCGCUUGAGCUCGCAUCCUAUUACGCUCCUGACGUUCCUCGCUUUCCGAUCAUCUAGUCUUCUCGUCUACCUCUUUGGCCUCUUGUUUACCGACAAUCUUGUCAUGAUCUUCAUCAUCACCAUCCUCCUCCUCGCCGGCGACUUCUACUACCUGAAGAACAUUGCCGGCCGCCGACUCGUGGGCCUGCGCUGGUGGAACGAGGUCGACCCUAACUCGGGCGACUCGCACUGGGUGUUUGAGAGCAGCGAACCGGGGACCAAGAUCAUCAACGCGACCGACAGCCGCUUCUUUUGGCUGGCUAUCUACGCGCAGCCGCUGCUGUGGGUGGUGUUGGCUAUUGUGGCGCUGUUUAGUUUGAAGUUUAUUUGGUUGCCUCUUGUUGCUAUUGCGUUGGUUCUGACCAUCACCAACUCGCUUGCCUUCUCGCGGUGCGACAAGUUCAGCCAGGCUUCCAACAUUGCUGGGACCGCGUUCAGCUCGGGUAACAUUGCUGGUAAUAUUGCAAGCAACAUGGUUGGGAGGUUCUUCUCGAGGUAG